GUUGGAGAAUUUAAGUCUAAAAUACUUUUGUAAUUUCUGACUGAUACUCGCUCUUGUGGAUCUCGAAGACACUUAAAUAUCGAGACUUCGAGACGGAAAAUUUUAUUACCCAGAUCGAUUAGUAGUCAGAAGACGCGGUACAAAAUAAAAUAGCGAUUUUAUGAGAUUCCACGAAUAUGAAGCUUCUUUCCAACUGAAAUUUUUAAUAUCUCCGAAUCUAAGAAACAUACCGCAACGUAUCUUUAUAAAACUCUUAUAAAUUUUGAAUAACUCUGCAUACUUUAAAAUCACGAUUUACUGCGAACAGUGUUUUAAACUUCGUCCUGUAAAUCCAAGAAACUUUUACGUCUCAACAAUUCGCAACUAACACCCUACGUAAACAAAAACCACGAUUUAUUUCAUUUUUCACGCUGCAUCUCACAAACUCGUCCCUCUAUUUGCCUCCACCGACUCGACAAACUCGUACUUUCCCAUUAACGAAGAAAGCAACAACGACAAAGUCCGAGUGUCCAAGAGAAACCUUCGCAAAGCCCCACGUAGCUUCCGGAAAGGACAACUUCGUCCUUAGAACGCAACGCGCGUAAUUACACUAUCAAGUAUAGUACUGUAGGGAUCAACGUAAUAAACUAAGAAUUAAAUAGAAUAUCGUAAGAAUCGACAAACCGCAGAUUGAAAAUCGAAUUAUCGAUGAUCAUCAAAAAGGAGCGCAGUUGUUCCUUCAGAUGCAAAGAUCAAACAGAAUAUUAUAAGUAUCGAUACAGCGGAUUAAAUAUUUGCUAAUACGAUAGAUUAAAUAUCAAACAUCUAUAGAGAUCGAUAAAAUAAAUCGAGGAUCAAAUACAAUACCACAAGGGCAAAUAAAAUAAAUCAAGGGUCAGUCAAGCACGAUACAACACAAGGAUCGGUAAGACAUUAUCGGUACGAUCAAUCAGAGAUUAAAUAGAAUACUAGAGGGAUCGAUAAAAUACGAUCAAGGUUCCCAGCGAUCGCGAGUGAUCGACGAGAGAAGGCAGCUGUUCGAUCGAACGAAAGGAGAAUUAUAAAUUCCCCGUCGAAAUUAUAAAUCCCGCGUAGACGAUGAAUAUUUCAUCGAGGACGAGGUGAAACACAGCGGGCCAUUCGUUCGAAAAACGAUAUUCCGGUCCUCUCGAAGGAUUUAUAACGAUGCGCGUGAACAGGCCGGAUAGAAUCUCUCGCGACGUCGCGCGUUUGACGAUCGUUGCAGGUGAAACGAGAAACGCCGGAACCGGAGGACGCGUAUAAGAGGGACGUAGGUAUAUACGAACCGGAUGGAAACUGCAAUCCGGACGUUUGACAAACGAUAGUGCCGGUAACGUGCUACAGGAACGAUCCUUCGCAGCUCGAUUAAAAGAAAACACAUUGAAACGGUGUGUCAAAACUUGUAUAUUACUCUCUAGAUGCUCCGUAGCAAAUUUCUCUUAUCGAAACUUUUAAACGAACACGUUUAAACAGUUCAAGGGGAAGGAAACAGGUUGAUACAUAUGUGUACGUAUUUAGAUAGGUUUCUAUCGUUCUCAAAAUUUUCCGGAAAAUUAUAAAGUAAUUCAUAAAAUUAGUAAAUUAAAUAAAAUAAAACAGUGUUUUCGCCCAUCGUUCCAGAAGGAGCGAGUAUAUCAAAACAGUGUACGUACGUAAACCUUCGUCGCACUUCGAAUCUUCGAAUAAAAAAUUCCAAACGAAGACGCGCAAAUCGAGUCAGUAAUCAACUGACUGAACUUAAAACGCGUUACUAAAUCGCUGCAAGAUCCGCGCGAAUCGCAGCUGUUUCUCGAAGCGGAACGUCAGUCGAAGAGCGGACUAACGAAGUGAAGAAGCGAAACGAAAAACAAAAAGAAGAUAUAAGAAAGAAGAAGAGAAGCAGCUCAAGAUUGAACAUCUUCUAGAUAUUCCUCGGUCAACGACCUCGACGAAGUGAAUGUUUAAUCGACGAAGGAACAAAACUACAGAUCGAUCCAAGAUCAUCGCAUCUCUAAGCGUAUUGUACAAGAAGAUCGCGAUCAAACUGACAGAAUUCUUCACUUCCUUCCUGCGCCCUAUCGUUCGAUACUAUCGAGCUUCUCUUUCCCGACAAUAAUAUUCGUUAUCCUACCGAGAUUGAGAAAGUCAGCGAGCUUCUGUCGAAAUUGGAUUGAGAAACGACACGAGGCAAGAAGUCGAGGAGCUGGUGGCGAACGACGAAGCGUGACUGGGUGCCGGAAGUUCCGUUCUCGACGCCACUUUUGCCCGCGAUGAGAAACGGUUUCGCGGAACGUGACACGCUCGACGAAUCCGCAAUCACGAUGGAAAUAUCAUAUAGCGGAAUUUCGAAGCGAUCGACGUCGCUUCUUUGAGAAAAUACAACGUAGAACGGAGAGAACCGAUAGUUAGAGGGAGAAACCGGAAACGGAGGAUGCUAGGAUCGAUCAGUGCCGCGUAAACGAAAUUUGACAAGUGUAUAAGACACAGUGUGUUUCCGUUUCGACGUUUUUGGUGUGGAACGUGAAAGAAGAGGCAAGAAUCAUGAGGGAUAAAUUUGCAUUCAGCUCUGGGGUGCCGGACAUGCACGAGACCCUUUCCAGUUUUUCGGAACAGUUCAGGGACGGACCGCCGAAACCGGAAAUAAAGCCGGAAACAGCCAAGGAGUCGGAGAGGACGGAUGAACCGAAGUGUGGUUGGUUCUGGUUCAGGCCCAUGUAUCUGCAGCAAUUUCGGACCGCGAAAUGGGCGCUUUUCUGGUUAUGUUGGACAGGUGCAAUGCAAGGUAUGGUGGUCAAUGGUUUUGUGAACGUGGUCAUAACCACGAUAGAAAGGAGAUUUGGUCUGAGGUCAUCGCAGACGGGCUUGAUAGCGGGCGGAUACGACAUAGCUAGUUUCCUUACACUCGUUCCAGUGAGCUAUCUAGGCGGCCGUUCAAAAGCAUCGAAACCGAGGUACAUAGGCAUAGGUGUUGUAGUCUUAGGCUUAGGAAGUCUACUUUUCGCGUCUCCUCACUAUAUUGCUGGACCAUACAGAGGCGGCCAGCAAUCGGAAAAUAUAUGCCAGAGGGUGACGAACACAUCGUCCCGUUCGCUAUCCUGUAAUGGAUCCGUGGGCCAAACAGACCAAGAACCAUACAGCGGAUUGUACUUAACUAUCUUUCUGAUGGCCCAACUUCUGCACGGGGCGGGUUCCGCUCCUUUCUAUACGCUCGGCGUUACGUACCUAGAUGAGAACGUGUCGAAAAAGAUGUCCUCUGUGUAUGUAGGAAUUUUCUACACAAUGGCCAUAAUAGGGCCUGCAUUAGGGUAUGUUGUCGGAGGCGAGUUGUUGAAGCUGUAUACAGAUUUUAUCACCGUAGAUCCGUCAGAGAUUGGCUUAACACCAAACAGCAACGUAUGGGUGGGAGCAUGGUGGAUAGGUUUCCUAGCAGCUGCGGUUAUAUGUUUCGUAAUUGCUAUACCGAUCUUGGCGUUUCCGGCAGCUUUACCUGGUUCGGAGAAAUUAGCCAAAGAGCGGGUGUCAGAGGCGCAUCAGAAGCCCGAGCAGCCGUCCUCGAGCGAUCGAGGGGAGGCGUUCUCGAAAAUACGUGAACUACCUCGUGCUCUGACCGAUCUGCUCGGUAAUCCAGGAUUUUUCAUGUUGAAUCUGGCAGGUGCCAGUGAAGGAUUGCUUAUCGCUGGUUUCGCCGCGUUCCUGCCGAAGCUGAUCGAAAAUCAAUUCAACGUCAGCCCUAGCUCGGCUGCGUUACUAAUGGGUCUAGUGACUGUACCCGCUGGCGGUGGCGGUACCUUCCUCGGUGGUUAUCUCAUAAAGCGUUUUAAUUUGCCGUGCUCGGGCAUUUUAAAGUUCUGUCUGCUGGCCACCGCGUCGUGUAUCGCCUUCACUUUGUGCUUCGUUCUCAACUGCCCGAAUUUAAACUUCGCCGGAGUUACCGUACCCUACUCCGACCAAACCAAAAAAUCUUUUUCACUGGACAGCACGUGCAAUAACGGUUGCGGCUGCUCGAGGUCAGAGUUCAGUCCAAUAUGCGGAGUUGAUGGGAUCACGUACUAUUCCCCUUGUCAUGCAGGAUGUUAUCAAGGAACGAGGAUAAAUAACGUCGAAGUAUAUUCAGACUGCACCUGCAUACGCGAGCCACCGAUAAAUCUGACCACCGGUGGCAAUGUGAUCAGUUACGAGGCAAUAAAUACGACUUGCAACACAUCGUGCUCCUACCUAUGGCCCUUCAUUACUCUAGCGUUUUGCAACAUGUUCAUAACUUUUCUCUGCACGAUGCCCGCGCUUUCAGCGACGCUUCGCGUCGUUCGAGAUGAUCAGAGAUCGUUUGCCUUGGGUAUUCAGUGGAUUAAAGUUAGAAUUCUGGGCACGAUACCUGCACCUAUGGUGUUCGGCGCACUUAUAGACGACACUUGCAUUUUAUGGAAUGGAACCUGCGACGGUGGAGGAUCCUGCCUCGUUUACGAUAAUUUAUACAUGAGCAGGUACAUGCUGGCGUUAGCCUUUAUCGGUAAAGCAGCGUCCCUCCUGUUCUUUUUCCUGGCUUGGUGGACGUACAUUCCUCCGAAUAGAAGAGUUACACAAAAUUCGCGGGAAGAACCAACAACGACGUUAAUGUUAAACGAUACUCAGCACGAAGGCCCAACCACACCGGCAACCAUAAACCCUAUAAUCGAUCCAUAAACGAUAAUAUGACGAUUAUCUAUGAUAAUCUACAUUUAAUAAGACUUUUCAAUGUCUGUCAAACUUAUCGAAGGAAACGAUCGAUUGAAUGAGUUUUCAAAGCGAUUUACGCUUGUUGCUGUUCCAUUACAAGUAGAUGACGCUAUUUGCUGGUCUGUUAAAGCCAGUAUCGGUAAUGCAGAACCUAGCUUGUUCGAUUUGGUAGGUACACUUUUUAAUGGAAGAUGUUUCAAAAGAAUGUGUUAGCAUAUAGCUUUAAUAUGCGUGUUUAAUUAUUCUGUUUAUAGUUUGUUGUAGAAUAACUGAGAGAAAAUGUAAAUGGAUAGAUAGAUUAUUUAAUACUUCUACUUUAUAAUAUAGGUCGUGCUUAUAAUUAAAGAUCACAGGAGAAGAAUAUAACAAGUAACAAUUUUCAUGUUUUACAGUGGAAUAAUUUAAAAAUUCAAUACGUUGUCAAUUUCUCCAUUUUUAUAUAGUUUUAGUAUUAAAUAUGUGUAUACGUUUGCCAUUUCCUCGAACAUUCCAAAAAUAUUGAUCGUCACGGAGCUUCGUGGAUUUAUUGGCUAUUUGGAAAAGAGUUGUAUCUUUGGAUUUAACAAAUCUUCUUCAGAACUAUGUGAAUCCCCUUCUAACCGUAAAGUAGCAUCAAAAUUUGAAAAUCGACACGAAUAGACUUAUCACGUUUUUUCCUGUGAUCUUCCACCAUGAGAGGAAACAGUUUCAUCUAUAGGUUAACUUUUAAGGGAUUUAUAAAAAGCGCGUUUAUUUAUCAUUAUUGUACAUGUAGUAAGCGUAAAACAGAUAUGGCACAUUCGUGAGGAAAAAUCGAUAUAUAUGUGAAUGUGACUCUGUAGCGAAUAUAACUGUGAAAGCAGCGAAACUCGGAUAUAAGACUAUUUAUUUCGAGAAUUGUUUAAAAUUGUACAGAUACAUUUAUACGACUUGUAAUAAGUAGAAUACUUCUUGUAAGAGCUGUUCACUGCCAGAAUUAUUGUAAAGAACGUAUCGUUGUUUUUUAAUAUUUGAAUUAUCAGUAUCAAUUAUAAGAUAUGAUAUGGGCAAGUGCACUUGUAGUCCUUUUCGAUGUUUAUUAUGUAUGUACCUUCUAACAUGAAAUAAUUCAUUCGUAAGGUUCUAAUUUCAAUACAUAACACUAAGGAUAGAAAUAAUGCUGGGUCUACGCGAGCUACUUGCGAACAGCAGUGUGGACUCAGCCUAACAGGAUGAACAUUCGCUUGAUAUAUCACUACGCUUUCUGUACUCUUCUAUAGAAAUGAAUAAUCACAGCUAGAUACUGGAUCAAAGAAGACUAUCAAAGUUAUCUAGAAUUGUAUCAUUGUAUUGUCCUCUGCUAUCUGAUCUAAAUGUGAUUACAACUCGUGUAACAACCUAUAAUUAUAACCCUAGUAUUUACCGACCGUCAAUUAAACCCGAAGAAUGUAUUUACCGCAGAUGAUAAUAAUCGAUGUUUGAGGUAAAGGAAACUAUACAUCUUCGUCUUAUUUAUGCGAUAUACAUAUAAUUGUUACUGCGACCAGCUGAACUAUUGUAUCACAAAAAUGCCUCUGGAAGACAUUGUUUUUCAUAGAAUUGAUAUACCAUAUUUGUAUGAUGUUAUUGCUUGUAUAAAAGACAUAGUAUCUAAAGGAAAUGGAACAACCUCUAUUGUGAAUUGAUAUUUGUAAUAGUAUAUACAAUUAUGGAUAUAGUUGCAAGUUCUGGUAUCGAUUUUAGCAUAUCCCUUUCACACGUUGGAUAACCUCGAUAUAUCAAUUUGGAAUUUUGUAUAUUAAGAUUUUAUAUGUCGCCUUUAACGGAACGUUUUAUUCAGAAAAUCGUCGAGAACAUCGGCAUCAAUUAAAAAUUUCUAGAGGACGAAUCGUACAAAUUUUAUUAACCAGUUUUUAAAAGGAUAUGGAAAAUUUUCAAGCAGUAAAAGAUUUUUAUUGAACAUUUUCUAUGAGUACAGUUCGUCGAUGAAAAUAAAACUGCUUGAAAUAACCAAUCGAGUAAAUUUGAAAUACGGGAAUAUAUUGUGAAAUGUUAUUUAUAUCGGUUUGAUACGAAACAUUUUGUGCGGUUUCUAAUUGUAAUUAUCUUCGUUAUGAUAAAUAUGUUUAACACGUGUAUUGUACGCGUCACUAAUAAAGAGCUAGUAAAAUACGUUAACCAAUCUGGUGUUCCUUAUCCUUGUUAUCAGUAAUUUAUGAAACUAUAAUACGAUAGCUAGUAACAUUUAUCACAAAAUUGUCCGUGAGAUUAAAUUAAUUUCCAAAAAUGUGGUAACCAUAGUGGUUAAAAUUGAAACGAAAUUUUAAUACUACUAAACUAUAUAUAGGUAGACACACUCCGUAACUACUCACGUGUCAAGUAAUCUCAUUGUUAAAAGGAUUUCAUUGUUCUUUAUGUAAUGUCCGCGUUGAAUAAGCUUUCAUGCCAUAUUUUUGCAUUAUAUGUCAAGAACGUUGCAGUUAAUCUAAUUUUUUCUAACUUAGAGUCAGAGGGAUCAGUUAGCAAAUUAACAUACACAUAUGUAUGUAAAAGUACACACUCGUCUGUGCUAUAACACUAGUAAUGGUCGGAAUUAAAAUGACACGCAUUUACGGAAUUAUGGACCCUAGUCGACUUUUUGAACUACAUACAACAAGAAUCACAGCCAAUCAGCUCGUAUUAUUUUUUAUAUAAUUAAUAAUUGUACCACGUAUAGUAAUGCGAUUAGUAAUUAUAUAUGAAAUAAUACCGAGGUUGUUGCGAGUGGAGAGCCACCCUAUCCACGAUCCCAUCCACCCUCCUCUCAUGCACAAAAAUUUAUUUGUUUAAAAUAUCAGUUUAUAAAAAAAUUCUCCUCUUAGUGUGCGAUUGCAAAACGAUCAAUUCUUUUUGCUAAUGCUAAUCUUGAAAAUAAAAAUAAAUUAAAUCUUAAACCAGCUGUGUAAUUCAAUAUGAGACGCUAUUUCGUGAUCAUAUCAAAUAUUGUACAUUUUCAUGACGAUGAAAGUUCGAUUGACUCACAUUGGCAUGAAAAUGUAGAUAAUUAAUAAUUAAAAUAAAAGAAAAUAAAUAAAA